UGCUCAACAUACUUGAUAAAUGAACAAUUAUAAUUAGGAUUAUGCUCAUUGUUGAUUAUAUGAGGAAAUGUGACAAACAUAACAAAUAUAUAUUCAAUAUUUUAAUUAAACUUUAUUGACAACAGUAUCGAUGGCCAACUGAUAAAGGCCCUACAAGGUGGUGUAAACCGGUAAAUGCCAUCUGACAGCUACGAGUGUAGAGUAGGCGUGACCCACCGACUCUGUCUCUGAUUGGUUAAUACUCGUUGGGUGUCUAACGGUCAGCCAAUCAGAGACGGUCUUGCCUCCGCCUUCUACGGAAAUAAGUCUGGUGCGGACGUGUGUGACAGUCAUUCAAAAAUGGCCUUGAGUUCGACACGUUCCUGAGUCUAAUCGUGUCUGAAUCAGGCCCGCAGAUUCAUCAUCAUCAUUUCAGUCGUGUUGUUUUUCUCACAUAAUAAUAUGAUGAAAGAAACACGGACGUAUCCCCACGUGAUAAAAAAGAAAACAGACAGCGGGCAAUGAACCCGGUGUUAUGCUGACCAAAGAGAAGAACAAUAAGAUACUGCAACCAUCCAAAAGGCUCGAGGAAGAAUGUCUGCGCGGUAAGUCGUCGUUGCAAUAGACGAUCUUUGUCGCUAGCUAAAGGGCUACCCGCUAACAAGUGACGAGUGGAAACCGGACCACGCCGCUCCUCGCUCCGGUAUGAUGCCAGGUGACAGCAACAUGACCUCCAUCGUUCAAAGAAUAGCUCGACAGGCUCUUAUCACCUUCAGGAACCCACCCCGUAUCGGCGAAGAGGCCGGCAAGUCUUUCCUGGAGAACGAGAGCAAACUGAAAAUUUUAAUGACGGAAGUGCGAGCGGCGGACCUGAAGCUGGCCCCGCGGAGAGGCGACAGCAGCUCGCCCGGUGUGUCCCCUGCGGUGCAGUACCACCACCACCUUCACGGCGGGCCCCCGGUCACCUACAUGCACAUCUGCGAGACGGACCAGUUCAGCAUGGGGGUGUUCCUGCUGAAAAGCGGCGCCUCUAUCCCGCUGCACGACCACCCGGGGAUGCACGGCAUGCUCAAAGUCCUGUACGGCAAGGUCAGGAUCCGCUGCUUCGACCGGCCGGAGCGACCUGCCGGCGGCACGCAGGCGGCGGCGGCGCCCGCGCUGCCCCCGGCCCAGAUGGGCGCUCUGUGGCGCUCCUUGCUCGGCUCCAACGACGAGCUCACGGAGGAGAGCGGCCCCUGCGUCCUCUCGCCCGGCCAGGACAACCUUCACCAGAUCGACGCCGUGGACGGCCCGACGGCGUUCAUGGACAUCCUGGCCCCGCCCUACGACCCGGACGAGGACCGGGACUGUCACUACUACAAGGUCCUGGCCGAAGGGAAGGUUCGAGACACGAAGGAGAAGGAGGCCUGGCUCCUGGAGAUCUCGCAGCCCGCGCACUUCUGGUGCGGAGGGGAGCCGUACCCGGGCCCGGAGGUCUGCCUCUGAUCCACCUGACUCGCCCUGUCUCCCCUUUGUCCAGGCGUUGCUAAAGGUGAAAUGUAAUGACUAAAGUUUCCAUCUCACUUUUCUCAAAUUGGAGCCUCAGGCAAAACUAAACAACAUCAUGUUCGUCCUGUAAUCUCUCUCUCUAUGUCUGUUUUUAAGGAUCUUAUGAGCAUAAAAGCACUUACACAAGUUGAGUAAUGUCACUACUAUUACAGUUUUCAGAUAUUUAUUUGAACCCAAAGGGAACGCAAUUAAUUUUUUGGAUUCGAUGCAUUUUGUUUUUGGUCCCUAAUUCCUAUGAUGUCAUCCCAAGUCCAGAGUUGCCACUGUAGUCUCUAAAAUAUCUAACAUUUUGAGUCUGCAAGUGUUGAUGACUUGACAGCUGUAACAAGAGAGAGGACUUGAAGGCCUCUUACAUCUCCUUAAAAGUGUCCUCAUCACACGUGCACCUCUGACUUAGUUUAGUAUCAUUGUGUGAACCUCUAAAGGAGAAUAUCACCAAUCGGCCGAGAGGUUUAAGGGAAAAGCAUCAAAAUUGGAGCAGUCGAUGUGAGCAGUGUCCUAAAAAUAAGACCAUGUGAAGUAUUUUUGCAGGAAAAAUACAAAUAAAUGUCAAAUUGAUGUUGUUCAGGGUGCUGAUGCUGCAUUCAAGACAGUCGGGAAGUCUGCUGCUUGCAUGUUUAGUCAAACUUGGUGCUUCAAGUUUCAAUAAUACAAUGUCAAUUUGGAGAACACUGAUCACUUUACUGAGAAAUCCUUUUUUUUAAAUAACCUUUUAUAUACAUAAUUUUACUGUCAGUGUUGCAUGAAAUACUUUAUUUUGGUAUGAAGCCAAGUCAUUAAAAAGUCAUAAAUGUGCAGUACAAACAGUUGCUGUCUGUUGCAUGAGGGAUUUAUGCAUUUCAGUUUUUCCCCACGCUGCAGCACGAAAACAUAAUAGCCAGAGUUACAAUCUACCUGUUGGGAAUUCCAGACUUCCGGCUGCGCCUUGAGUGCAGCAUUGAAUAAUCAGUGUGUCCCCAACCCGAGUGGAGCUGAGCUGAGUCGCCUCGGAGGAAGUGGCCCUGGACCAACGAGGGACUUGUGUCCAUGUGUUUCUCAUCGUCUUCAGGCUUUGUGUUCCAGUCGGAUUAAGAACGGAAUCUUCAGGUCUCUUUCUUUUUUUUGAAAGCUCAAAAACUUCUCCCGGUUUAUUUUGCGUUGUUCAAUACUCUAGAAAGUGUAGAGUGGCUUUUUGUAGUUUAGUUUGAUCCUCGGGUUUGUGAUUUGUACAGCGGACUGGUUUUCAGGAGGCUGGUUGAAGGAUGUGCACUUCAGCUUCUCGCCACAAGGUUUGACUGUUAGAGCUUUUCACUAUUUGGCCACCAUGUUUAAUUAAUUGUCGGUGUGAUUACAAUUUAUGUUUGAAUGAAUCAGAAAUGCAAAGGUUUGGGUUCAUCAUCCUGUCUAGAGUGAAAGGUGCUCUGCAGCAAUGAAGUGAAGCUUGAAGCGUAACGAUGUGGUUCAAUGUACAUUUCAUUUGAUGAGGUCAGUUUGCACUAUCCAGAAAUAAAUGAUUAUUCUGAAACUAGUGGUGAAAGACAGUAAAGCAUGUAUUUGAAAUGUGAAAUUGUGCUUUUCAGAUGUAAUUUGCAAUAAAAAAAAGAAAAUCUGUGA